CUGCGGACUCUCCCCGGACCAAAAUUCGCCAGAUUCUCACCCUUUUACCGUGCAUGGAAGAUAUCCAAAGGAGACGCACCCGUUUUUUACCGCAACUUGCAUGAGAAAUAUGGCCGGAUUGUCCGGACAGGACCGAAUACCGUUGACAUCUCCGACCCUGAUGCCCUGCCCGUGAUAUACGGGAUAGGUAGCAAGUUCCUUAAGUCCGCUUUCUACGAUGCCUUCAGUCCAUUCUAUGAGGACAUAGUCAUGCCUAGCAUGUUCUCUGUCCGCGAUCCAGUCGCCCACCAGGCACUUCGGAGACCGGUUGCUCAAAAGUUCUCCAUGUCCUCUAUCAAAUCGCUUGAGCCAUUCGCAGACGAAUGCAACAAGAUCUUCAUCGACGCAAUGAGAGAUCUGGAAGGACAACAAGUUGAUCUUGGUGUUUGGCUACAGUGGUACGCGUUCGACGUGAUCGGAGCCAUCACUUUCCAAAGUCGGUUCGGAUUCAUGGAGAAGCGACAGGAUGUACGCGGUAUGAUAGGUGCGCUGGAUGCAGGCCUGCACUAUGCAGGUAUUGUGAGCCAGGUCCCCUUUCUUCAUCGGUGGAUGAUGGGAAAUAUUUGGGUGGGGAAAUUCUUGGCUGCUCAGCCAUUUUUCGAUGCUCCUGAUCCUUUUCGGACGAUGGUCCAGUUCACUCAAGAGUGUAUCGAUGACUAUGAUCAGCGUUCCGUCGAGGAACAUGGGGAUCGGCCGGAUUUUCUUGCUUGGCUUAGAGGCGAGGAGGCAAAGGGUAAACCGAUGCCUAAUCGUGAUAUUAUGAAUCAUCUGAGCAAUAACCUGCUUGCUGGGAGCGAUACCACGGCAAUCUCUCUUCGCGCUAUUGUCUACUACCUUGUGCAGAACAAGGCAGUUUACAGAAAAUUACAGAAGGAGAUCGACGAGGCUGAUAAAGCGGGAAGACUGUCUGAAGACAUCACUUAUGCCGAGUGCCUAGAGCUUCCUUAUCUACAAGUCGUCAUGAAAGAAGCAAUGCGGUGCAACCCCGGAGUAUCAUUUCCCCUUGAGCGUAUCGUUCCUCAAGGUGGAAUCGAUCUCUGUGGAGUCCAUCUAGAUGCAGGGACUAUUGUCGGGAUGAACGCGGCGGUUGUACACCAUGACAAGUCUAUAUAUGGAGAAGAUGCCGCCAUUUUCCGACCAGAAAGGUGGACGGAGUCUAGUGAGGAGGAAGUCAAAAUCAUGGAUAGAAACCUGAUGACAUUUGGAUAUGGCUCUCGAACGUGUGUUGGAAAGAACAUCUCUAUUAUGGAAAUGGGGAAACUGGUUCCACAGCUUAUUCGCAAUUUCGAGAUUGAAUGGGCAUCUGAAGAACCGGAAUGGCGAGUCGAGACAUUCUGGUUUGCGAAACAGCAUGGGUUGAAAUGCCGGUUGAAAUCUCGCACUUCACACUAUUGA